AUGAGCGAGACGCUGAAGAACAAGUACCAGGUGUGCGAGGAGAUCGGACAGGGUCGAUUCGGCAUGAUCUCCUGGUGCUUAUCUCCGACGAAGAACUCCUUCUUCGCCUGCAAGACCAUCGACAAAUCCCUACUAGCCGACCAAGCCGACCGCGACUGCCUCGAGAAGGAGCCCAAGGUCAUGCUCUUCCUCCCGCCGCACCCAAACAUCCUCCAGAUCCAUGACGCCUUCGACUCCGACGACUCCCUCACCUUGAUUCUCGACCUCUGCGAGCCCUACACCCUCUACGAUAAGGUAAUCAAGAGUAAUGGCGGCCUCCCGGAGCGAAGUCAGACCCGGUUGAUUCAGAUGAUUCUCCGCGGCGGCGGCGGAAGCGAAGUGACACGUGCAGAGCACCAUCGUUAA